AUGUCUGCCCCGCGCCGCCCGCUCCGCGCCCACGCCCCGCCCCCUUCGCCUCUCCCCGGCGCCGCCACGCCACCGCCGCCCCCAUCCGCAGCCACCCAGGGUCUCAAGCGCAUCGUCUGGACCGGCGCCUUUGCUGCCGUCACCAUCGUCGGUGCCAUCUACGGCGCCGGCCUCAAGACCCAGCAGGAGUUCAAGGCUGAGAAGGCAAAAGUCAUCGAGGCCACCCCAGAGGAACGCAUCGCACAGCUCGAAACCCGCCGCAGCGCCCUCGUCACCCAGCGCAUCCCCAUUCAGCGCAAGCUAGACGAAGUCAACGAGCGCAUCCGCGCCACCGAAGAGAAGGAGCAGCAGCGUCGGUGA